AUGAACGACGACGGACCGCAUCGUCAGCGUUCGGGUACACAUUCUGAGGCUUAUUUCUUUCAAGCGUCCUCCCAGAGCGGGUUAACGCAGGAACACCUCAGCGCUCCAGCGGUGCGGAGGGACAUCGCGCGGGGCUUCCGGGAGGGGCUGCGCCAGGCCCUGAGCGCCUACGGCGAGGACGAGGGGAAAGCGGACGCCCUGGACGCUUUGCAGCACGCGUUGGGCUGCUGCGGUGUGGAGAGCUACCGGGACUGGCUCGCCUCGCCCUGGGCGCUCCAGCAGAACGCCUCGGUGCCGCUCAGCUGCUGCCGGGCCCGGCGGGGCUGCCCGCUCAGCUCGACCGGCGCACACGGCCUGCACCCUGAAGGCUGCUUCGGCAAGGUCUCGGCCUUUGUCAGCAGCAACAUGUUCUGCGUUGCCACCGCUGCCCUGGGGCUGGCGGUGCUGCAGGUCGUCGGCAUCGUGCUGGCUUGCCUGAUGGCUGCCCGCGUCCCUGCUCGCGUUACCGCCCCGCACUGAGACCUCCCCAGGUCUGGCCCUUGUCACCUCCUGCUCCCUUCCUUCCCCUGGAUCUGGGAGAUCUGAGUGCGCCCCAUCUGGAAAACCUCUUCAUCGUCCCCAUGUCACCCUUCCUCGCGGUCUGUUCCUCUGCUGCAGCCUGUGUCAGAUAUGACAACACCACAGGCAUCUCCACAGCCUCUUGGAGCUGCCUCCUAUCCUGGCUGUGUCCCCUGCGUGAAACCCUCCAGGUUUCCGCUUCCCCCUGGAGCCUCUGGGCACAGGGUGGAGAGCGACAGCAUGGACAGACAUCAGCCUCUUGGGCCAGAUGGACAAGCUGGGUGACAGCUGAGCAGGUGUCUGGGUGAUGUGAACAGACGGAGGUACUGAAAUGGGAGCAAGAAAGAGGAGAAGGCCUGUGGGAGCAAGGCAGACAUCUCAGCGUUUUAUUGGGUGCGUGUUCUGAGACCAGGAGCUCCUGGAAGAUCAGUGUCACUGGAAUACUGGAGUGCACAAGUGGCAUGUGGGGUCUGGGUGGGUCUGGGGACAGCCUCUGAGGGCUGCUUGUGGUCCCUGCAGCAUGGGCCACACCACUGUGCUUCACUCUAGUGAGUUCCUUGCAAAGAUGUCCAGAUCUAGACAUUUCCACCAUAGGAAUUAUGAAUGUAGCUAGCAAACCUGUAGAGAAUUAGGUAAAUGCCAACAAAUGAUAGCUGGAAAGGAAAUCGUUGGUAACAGCUUGGGAGGGGAGAGUGGAGUGGAUUUUUUCAGGGCAAAGGGGAUUAGCAGUAGGGCCCAAGUAAAGAAUGCACAGGAAUGGAGAGUGAGGAAAACUAGAUUUCAUAGAAGUAAACUUCUGGCAGUGUUCCUGGGGUGAAGCCAGGGCAAAACUUGUAUUUAACUCCCAAAGAUUCUGAUUUCAGGUAUUUUUGCUGCUUGUAAUUGUGAAUUUAAAAAUACCUGGAAAUGCCACUAUUUCUGUCUUUUGUGGUAGCAAAGCCCUUUUCUUGCUCUCUGCCAGUUUGCUUUUGUUUGAAAGAGGGACUGAUUGGUCAGUUCUGUGAUGAAUUUGUCCAGUCUGUAGAACUGUAACUGUUUCUGAUGUGGUGACAGUACUGUAAUUUGGCCUGUUAAUGACAGCCCCCAACCACAUGAACUGCUCUCAUAAAGGUGCAGUAGUUCUGUAGACCAAAACAAGCCAAUGGUGGGGACUCUUGAAAAAUGAUGUUUUAUGGGUGAGAAUUUGCUCUGUCAAACAGAGUCAUUUUGCUAUUUGUAUCUGUUGUAGUUUCCAUGGAAAUAAACAGGAGGCAUUACUUUCAGAGACCUACACACAAGCAAAAUUCUGCAAGGACCAGGGAAUAUCCAGCACUCUCAAGUGUUGCAGACUGCUUUUGCUGCUGGAGUCAGCAGUCUUCGGAGCCAGUUCUCUUGAUCAAAGCGUACAAGAUCAAAAAUAUAAAAACAGAAAGUUUUUAUAUACAGAAUAUAUACAGAAAUCAUCUGUCCUGAUGAUUUAUGUGUUUAAAAGUGUUAGGAGGAGUAAGAUGCCCUCAUCAGGAAGGUUUUCAGGGCUGUGCCUAAGUCACAAAGGUCUGUAGUAUGCCUUUUGGGUGAGCAGUUCCAGUCAGCACAGAUGGAUGGAGCUUACAAUUGUGGGUUAUCAAUUAUGUUGUGCCUGGAUGUUAGUCAUGGUUUUAUGUACCUUCCAAUUGCUCCGAUGUCAGGUGGCUACGUUAAGUAGCAUGAUAAUCAGGUUUCAGGUAAUGAGUGCAAUGUAAACAGGUUUCUUAUCCAUUUGACAGUUCAUCUGCAUAGAUGAACUCUGGAUAUGUGCUGGGAAUUUCUCUUUUUAAGCAAAUGUUUCAUUCUUUUUAGUGCUGGUUUUUUUUAUUGUUUCUUGUUUUAAAUAAUUUAAUUGCCUUUGUUGUUUAUGAAUGUCCCUGUAUGAACAUGUUUUUCAUGGUUUUUUUUGGAGUAGACACUAAUGGAACUCUGCUGUUUUCUGAAAAAUCACUGUCAUUUUGUACAGUCUUAACAGUGUGCAAAAAGUGUAAUUUGUAUGAGGAACGGUACUUCAGAAAUAAAGUAAUGUUAC